GAAAGGCCACUUGGCCUGCACUCGCGUUCUGACGUGCCUGUCGAGCCUCCACGCCCCCGGGCAUCAUUUAUAAGUCGAUCUCAAAAGUAUUGCCUCCGGAUCGAGUCUCCCAUUUUUUUACCACCACGACUCAUACAAAGCAGUCUCGGGCACAAUGGCUACCAUUCCAAUCGUUGUAAAGCAUCAGGGCAAGAAGUACAAUGUCGACCUUGACCCUUCAGCGACGGGCGAAAUGCUCAAAUAUCAGCUAUAUUCUCUCACCGGCGUCGAACCCGAGCGUCAAUCAGUCCUCAUCAAGGGCGGGAAACUCAAAGAUGACACCGACCUAUCAAAGCUCGGCGCGAAACCUGGUCAGAUCUUCACCAUGAUCGGUACCGCUUCCUCCGAAGGUAGCGCACUGGUGGCCCCAAAAGAGAAGCCGAAAUUUGUCGAGGAUAUGACCGAAGCAGAAGCUGCCGCGCAAGAGGGUGCCACGCCGGCUGGGCUUCAGAACCUUGGGAAUACUUGCUACCUCAAUUCGACUUUGCAAGUGCUUCGCAGUAUACCGGAAAUGCAGGAUGGACUCAAGAUCUACAAACCAGAUACCUCGUCGGCGUCAACCCUUCAAGAUCUAACGCAAUUUGGCCUCGGUGGACUUGGCUCCUCUAAUGAUCUUGUCGCACAGCUACGAGAUCUCUACAAGCAGAUGUCGGAAACACAGGAAGGCUUUCCGCCACUGAUGUUUCUGAACGCUUUACGCACUGCUUAUCCCCAGUUUGCUCAGAAAGCUAAGAGUGGCCAUGGAUAUGCACAGCAGGAUGCCGAAGAAGCCUGGUCACAAAUCGUACAGCAACUACGACAGAAACUCAAAGUUACCGAGAAAAUCUCAGACGAGGAAAAGCAAACAGCCUUCAUCGAUCGUUACAUGGCCGGGACAUUUCAUACAUCAUUGGCUCCCCCACCUGAGGCGGCUGAUAACGAACCUGUUGUUGAAUCUGACGAGACUUUCCUGAAGCUCGACUGUCAUAUCGACUCUUCAGUCAACCAUCUCCGUGACGGACUUAUGGCAGGAUUGACGGAGAAGAUUGAGAAAAACUCUCCAACUCUUGGUCAUGAUGCGUUUUAUACCAAGACUUCUCGCAUUUCUCGACUUCCCAAAUAUCUAACCGUGCAUUUUGUGCGUUUUUUCUGGAAGAAGGACGUUCAGAAGAAAGCCAAAGUCUUGCGAAAAGUCACUUUCCCGGAAGAACUUGAUAUUGUCGAGUUCUGUACUGAUGACUUGAGGAAGAGAUUGGUACCUGUCCGUGACAAGGUGCGCAACAUUCGUAAGGAUGAGCAGGACGUUGAGCGGGCAAGAAAACGACAGAAACUGGCGCAUAAACAGGAAGAAGACCGGAAAACCGAUGCCGCCACCGAAAAAGAGGCCGCCCCUAUUCAAAAACUACAGCGGGAGAAAGAGAAGAAAGAGACAAAGGAUAAGGAGCCUGAGGGUGGUGAAAUGGACGUGUACAAGACUGAUGCUGAAUAUGAAGCUGAACGCAUAGUGGCAAUCAAGCAGGCCAAGAAAGAACUUUAUUCCUUGAUUGACCCCGAGCUUCAGGCGGAUGAAGGCGCCAACAAGUCUGGAUUGUACGAGCUCCGAGGAGUGAUUGCUCACCAGGGCGCAAGCGCCGACAGCGGGCACUACACCAGUUUUGUCAAGAAACAGGGUAAAGUUGUGGACGACCCCAAGGCACCCGGUGGCAAGCGGAGAGAGGAAGACGGCAAAUGGUGGUGGUUCAACGAUGACAAAGUCAGCGAGGUUGAUUCGGAGAGAAUCAUGUCGCUUGCAGGUGGCGGUGAAAGCGCCUCAGCCCUCAUACUGCUGUAUCGGGCCAUUGACCUGCCAAGCAAGGAUGAAGUCGAGGAUUGAAUGCCCUUCACCCCGAGAUAACUUGCACCAUCUGAUCCUGCUUUGGACAAACAGUGCGAGAAACGCCUAGCAUUGGGAGUGCCGCAUGAAUAGAUUAGAUUCUUCGUCUGAGCGAUGAUUACAUGUACGACACCUCGCUUCAAGUACCUUCAAAGCUCAAUCUUCGAUUCAUCCUACAGCAAAAUUAUCUAUAAACGUUUGAUUACCG